AAACCAUCCAAACGCCUAGUUGUUUUCUGCGAUGGCACGUGGUGUGGCCGAGAAACCGGAACCCAGAGCAACAUCCGCAUACUAGCCGACAUGGUCGGCAACAUCGACUUCAGCCCUCGUCCCGACGAAGACCCAAAUACCAUUGCCACGCGAGUCCACCCAAUUCACGCGUUUCAAAACUACGUAACCGCAGGAUACCAAGAAGGCAUCGGUCUGAACAAAACCUUCCUGGAAUACAUCUGGGAUGGCACGACCGCUUCCACCAUCGCAGAAGAAUGCACGGCGGUGUACAAAUUCAUCGUAGAUAACUUUACACCUGACCACGAAAUCUGGAUAUUCGGAUUAAGUCGAGGCGCAUACACAGCGCGCUGCGUCGCAGGCAUGAUCAACAAUUGCGGCAUUAUCAAAGCCCCCAGACACCACCCACAACAACCCAGUCUCACGGAACACGACAUCUCAACUCUAUGCUACGAAGUCUACCGUACCUACAGAAGCCCCCUCACCAUCGACCACCCCCAAUCCUCCAAAUGUACUGAAUUCCGCAGAAACCCCACAUCGGUAUGGCAGACCCCCCGUCCGAUCAAAUUCCUGGGUCUCUUCGAUACCGUCGGGGGUCUCGGAAUCCCGCAUCUUAACGCGGGCACUGGGUUCGACUGGCCGGAUUUCUAUGACCAAAAGGUCAGCUCUGUAGUUCAGCAUGUAUACCACGCAGUCUGCCUCCAUGACCGUCUUUGGAUCUUCCAGCCGUGUCUGGCUUUCGAAGGGGAUGGUGAGGUGAGAGCAGAGGUUCAUCAGGUGUGGUUCCCAGGCUGCCACUAUGAUGUCGGCCGCCAGACUUUCCGGUUUGUGCGCCAAGCGCCGCAGAACCAAAUAGAGCGGAUCGUAGGCGCAUUACCGGAUCGGCUAGCGAAGACUAUUUAUCCGAAUCAUGUACUUGCGGACUGUGUGUUGAGGUGGAUGUUGGAAUCUGUUCUUACGCAUGAUACUCAGAAUCUCGUUAUCCCGGGUCUUAAAAAUGAGAUCCAGGCGCUUGGCCAACGCAUCGUGUCUGCGUCUUCUCCCAGAUAUCUAGGGGAGGGAGGCGCAAAGGCAGGGCCAACAGGCAGCGGCGACGUCUACGGUAACGUCCUAGAAUACGCACCCGCUGGCAGCGUGUUUAGGCUGCUCAGUAAAUUCGGGUCGCAGGCCGUUGAAUUGCUGAACCACACGUGGCCGAACCUUGGGGAUAAUAUUCAGGAUCUGCUGGGUAUUAAAACGAUAUUGAGGAUUCUGACGGCGACGAAGGAUCGGAGG